GCUAUCAGUAGCUUACUGAAAAUCGAGAACGAGGUCAAACCUACAAAGUGCUUUUAGAAGUGAAACGAAGGAAUUUCAACUAUUUAUCUAGUUUUUACCUAUAAUCAAUCGAAUAACAUACAAUAAAAUAAACGCAAGGAACAAAUGAGUACAUAUUCUUUGAUAUUCAGGAUGUAGCACUUGAAUAACUCUUGGAUUACUUCAACUCAAACAGGCAUCUCAAUGUGUAAUAGAGAUUCAAGGGACCAAUGCCUAACCAAAAUAGGAAUAGUGGGCGUGCUGAGCUGCAGAGCCGGGGAGCAGCUAUACGUUCAUCUAUGGUCUCCAUGGCAACCAGUGAGGGUACUCCGUCAUCACGGAAUAAAAAAAUCGUCAAUGUGAUUUUACUCAAUAAGGAGGAGAUACAACUACAAGUUGAUGUUAAGGGAAAAGUACAAGAUGUCCUCAACCAAGUCUGUUCCCAUGUUGGUCUACGGGAAUCUGAAUACUUUGGGCUGGCCCAAAAAGUUGAUAACGAGUACCAGUUCUUAUCCCUUGAUACCAAAUUGGCCACGUAUGUACCACAGAGGUGGCGCAUUAACAGAAUGAGCACUACAGCAGGGAAACCUAUGCUAACGCUAUAUUUCCGGGUGCAAUUUUAUGUUGACCAUGUGAUGUUACUAAAAGAGCGAGUGAGUCGCCAGUUGUAUUACCAGCAGUUGAAGGAGAAUGUUCUCACAUAUAACCAGUUAGGCAAUGAGGAGAAAAGCUUCCUCAUCUCGUCGUACGCCAUCCAAGCAGACCUAGGGACUUACAAUAGUAGCAAACAUGGCACUGAAUACUUUGAUCCUAGGGAAUAUUUUCCUGCUUGGGUGAUUGACAAGAGGGGGGUGGAGUAUAUUCUCCAGAGUAUGCCAGCGAUACACAGAGACCUCAGGGGAAUGUCACGCACAGAGGCACAGACUCAGUACAUCCGGGAAGUGUCUAUGUCACCAGCGGCACACAACCUACACUUUUACCAGCUGCGGAAGAGGAAAAAUGACCCAUUGCCAAACUUGUGGAUGGGAAUUACAUCAAAAGGCAUUGAUAUUUUGGAGGAGUCACGCAAUGGGUUCAAAGAUACAAUAUCCUCUCUUCUCUGGCCCUCUAUAGGGAAAUUAAAUUUUGUUAAAAAGAAGUUUGAGAUUCGAGUAGUUGGUAGUAGUCAGAAGUAUAUUUACUACACUGGUAGUGAUGAGAGGUCCAAGUACCUGCUUUCACUUUGUAUUAACACACAUGUCUUCCACAUGACAAUGCAGCAUAAACUAGCAGAACUGAGGCACCUACAGGCAGAAGAUCAACGUCGCUACAAGGAAUCUUACAUCUACAGUGACCCUGUAGAUCUCGAAUGGGAAAGAGAACAGACUUCUAUACAUGGUGCCCUUAGUGUCUCGCUGGUGAACUGUAGUACGAUCGAUCGUAAGACGAAAGCCGACCAGCGUAUUUCUAUCAUCAGUAACUCGAGCUCUAAUACAACUUCUGGAAUCGUCAGUGAUAGAAUGCACAUCAGCUUUGAUGAUAGUAGUGAAGGUGGUGAGAGGGACAUUGAGGUUUACCCCGGAGAAAUAAUGAUCACAGCACCCCCUGGUGGCCAGGUCAGAUUAUCAUGUGGGAGUCGCAACAGUAAAAAAUCAACAACAGGUACCAGUGGUCAAAGUUCCCCAACUGAUUCUAAAUCUGGUGAUCUAAAAGUACGAGGGAGCAAAUUACUUGACAGUGGCAUAGGCCAGGGUGGUAGAAUCAGCCCUAAGGGGAGUGGUGGUAAAGGGGUACAGCAAAUACAGGCCCCAGCCCUGCCUGCGAGAAAUGGCAAUGGGCCAAGGAGGACAAAUUCUGGGCCAACAAGGGUGCCAUCUGGGCCUAAACGGGUCGGUUCUGGUCCUCGUCUUGUCACACCCACCAAACCACCACUAGAGGGAGCAGUAGGUGGUGUAUCCAUGGCAACCACUGGGGAGUACAGUCCAUCUACCGUAACAGCCGCAAUGGCUGCCCAGUCUGUGCACACAAAAAUCGUAACAGCCAGUAGCAAUCUCCAUGACAUACAAACUCACAUUGUAAACAGCGUGCCAGUUGCGAACACUGUCAAAAUAGUUGAUGCAGAUAAUGAACAUUUUUAUGAAAAUUUGCCCUAUCAUAAAAACAAAAUGGAAUCAAAUGCAGUUAUCCGUGACUUUUGUAUGCCAGUCCAUCUCAGCCCUACCAAUUCUCCACCAUACUCUCAAAUACCUCACAGCAGUCCCCUGAAGCUGUUGCCUAGCAACACUACCCAGGUCGUGGCUGAUGUUCAUCCCCUGCCAAAACCCAUGAUGAGUAAAACAGUACCAAAGAUGGGGGUAUCGAAUCUAUCUCCAAAGAGUGUCACCAGCAGUAUAGUGUCUUCAUACGAACUCCCACCCACCCAGGUUGCCUCAAGCUCCUAUAUUGGUCAUCCUAUAAACCCAGUGGUGCCUAACACAAUUUCUGACAACCCAUAUCUGAACCAAGGUAUCCCUACUACACAUGCAGAGAAUCUUCAUAUUAACCAAGCUGUGCCCAUGAGCAGUAGACAAGACACUCAGUACAUCAUUCAAGGUAUGCCUAGUGACAACACAUAUCUAGCAAACUCUGGAGUGCCCAGUUCUUUACCAGAGUAUGAUCUGAGUAGCCUUAAGCAGGCUCUACCAGUGUACCAGGUUAUCCAGCCAGGGGCUCCUAAUAUGAACCUGGUAGGGGGUAAUCAGUACCAAACCCAGCAGAUGAACCUAGGGCACCAGGGGAUAGACUCUACCAAUAUGUCAUUGUUACCAUACAACUACACAGAUAUAAGCGCUGAAGCCCAGGGCCUUAAGCCAGUCAACUGCCAGCCUAUACCCCUCCCCCCUCCCCCUGAGUACCCUGGAACUAAAUCUCAACCUCAGGCAGCACCCCAGGUGAACCAUCUGGCACCCCCUACACCUCACCCCCAACCACAAAAUCUCGCUGUACCAGCAAUGACAAAGAGCCAAGGCCUGACACUCACACACAACUCACUUCUUGCACAAUUUCAAGCCUCUAAUGAACUGCAACGUCGACCAGCGGGAUCGAAAAGAAAGAUACACAAAAAUAGUGACCCACUUCAUGAACACCAUCGUAGGCACAGGAAACAUGAACCACGUUACAAAUCAGAUCUGUCUAACUCCUCAAGCGAUAUGUCUGCUUACGUCGCGAAACAACAGCGAUUCGAUGCAAAAGAGAAACUCCAUCCUGACAUUGCCCAGUUACAAAAGAAAAAUGUAUCUGUGCCACUUUUGACAGCCUUGUGUAAUGAUCCUUCGUUAUUCUCUGAGCCGUUACUUACCCAGAAUGCAUCUGUGGAGAAAUCGUCAGAUGAAAAACAGACUAAGGUGGCACCACAAAGGAACACUGAUUCUGCGAAUCCUGGGACAACUAUGGUAUCUGAGCAGUCACUUCAAAAUGCUCGGCCUGUUUCCUGGCAUAGUGAGACCUUUAAUUUCGACCCAAGCCUGCAUUGUGGCACCCCUCAGCAAAAUGGACAAUCCAGCAGUUAUGAUGGCCAAGAGCUGCCUUAUGGUGACUAUUUGCUACAGCAGCAUUGUGACCCAAGUCAGACUUCUCUCCCAUUGAACCAACUGAUUGCUAAUGGCUACGGACAUUUACUAGGCAACCAACUAAUACCAUACUCCCUACAGAAUGGUAACCAUGGUGAUAUUCCUAUGCCUCAAAUCAGACAGAAGUCUUAUGGAGAGAAUGUCAUGGCUUAGUUAAUAAGAAGUGCAAACGGUGUUAUAAUCUCACAUUAAGGUAGCCUUACGCGAAGUUGAUUGUUGAAUAUUUCUUUUUCAGCUUUUUGUCUACAGCUCUUGAACUCAGAAUUGACUAUAAUAUAAUGCAAAAGUGGGAUUCUCUUUGAGGUAUGAAAUUUCAGCAAUUCUUUUUAGAAACACAUAUUUUUAUUGCAUAUGGAGUUGUUUUUAUUAUUUUAUUAUCGUACCCAUAGACACAUUAACUGAUGUACCAUGUAUUUAUAAACAAUAUUAUUAUAUUCCAUAUUACACUGUGUAUAAUUAACAGUUUGAUUUUCUGAAUUAGUAUUUAUAUCCCUGUAAUAUCCCACAUACAUAAUCAAGAUAUUAAAAUACUAUACAAUAUUUACGCUGAGUUAUAGUUAUGUUUUGUGGGAGUUCAAAUAUUUCUUGAGAUUCAAGAUGAAGUAGAUGAUGAAAUGGUUACCCAAAUUAUGAACUUCAAAAUAGAUCGUAAAGUCUUCCAAAUUGUGAUCUUCCAAAUAUUCAAGUUCAUAUAAUUUGACCUAUGUGUUUUAGAAGAUAUUGUGAUUCAGAUAUAUCCCUCCGAAGCUUAGUGGACGGGAGACACAUUCCAUGUCUCAGUAUUGAUUAUUGAGGCAACUUCCAUAUUGAA